AUGUCCGCCAAGAUGGACAAUUCCACGAAAGAGAGCACCAUCGAAGUGGUCAGCCACGGCUCUGCCAUCUCGACUGAUGGUGGCGACCACAAGGUGGAAAGCAGGAUCCGUCUCAAGACCGAUCUCUGCGUCAUUCCACUGGCUGCCCUCAUCUUCAUGUUCUGCUUCAUCGACCGGUCCAACAUUGGCAACGCUCGCCUGGCGGGGCUGGAAAGGGAUCUCGGCCUCGUCGGCUACGACUUCAACUCGGUGAACACCGUCUUCUACGUCUCGUACAUCGUCUUCGAGAUCCCUUCCAACGUCCUCUGCAAGAUCGUCGGCCCCGGCUGGUACCUCCCGGGGCUCACCGUUCUCUUUGGCCUCUUUACCGUUGCCAGCGCCUAUGUCAACAAUUACUCGCAACUGGCCGCCUGCCGGUUCCUCCUCGGCAUUGCAGAGUCUGGCAUCAUGCCGGGCCUGUCGUACUAUCUCUCCCGUUUCUACACGCACUCGGAGCUCACCUUUCGCCUCUCGCUCUACAUCGUCAUGGGGCCCCUCGCCGGUGCUUUCGGCGGUCUUCUGGCGUCCGCCAUUCUACGACUCCAAGGUUUCGGUGCCCGGAUUCCUGCGGGAUCCUGGCGCGCCAUAUUUGCCGUGGAAGGCAUCUUGACGGUCGCCGUGGGUUUGCUCUCGCUAGUCCUCUUGACUGAUAGACCCGAGACGGCCCGCUUUCUGAGUCCCGAGGAGCGUGAGAUCGCCGCCAACCGCUUGAAAGAAGAGAGAAUCGGCACUACCGUCAUCUUGGACAAGAUCAGCAAGACGAAGAUGAUCAAGGGAGCCAUCAACCCGGUCACGGCCACCACGUCCAUCUGCUUCAUGUUCUGCAGUCUUUCGAUCCAGGGUCUCGCUCUCUUCGCCCCGACGAUUGUCAGGUCCAUCUACCCUGAUUCAUGGAUACAGGCCAGUGUCACUCGUCAGCAGCUAUUGACUGUCCCUCCGUACGCCUUCGGAGCCGUCUGCCUCUUGUCCAUGUGCUUCGCCAGCUGGAAGCUCAACAGACGCCAGGUCUUCAUGGUCUCCUGCGCGCCGCCCAUGAUGAUUGGCUAUCUCAUAUUCCUGUGUACCGAUCACACGCAGACAACGGCUCGGUACGCGGCCGUAUUCCUCAUGGCGAGCACGUCCUUCAUUCUCGGACCCCUCUGUCAUGCGCAGGCCAGCGCCAACGUCAGCUCCGACACGGCCAGGAACAUGUCCAUCGCGAUCUGCAUGUUCUUUGGCAACGUCGGCAGCCUGGUCUCCACGUGGUCCUUCUUACCCAACGACGCUCCCAACUACCCCAUCGGCUGCGGUCUGAACUUUGCGACGUCCACGCUCAUCAUGAUUACCGCUGCCGGAGCGUGGGUAUGGAUGCGCCGGGACAACAGCAGGCGGGAUCAGAAGAACGCCGACGCCGAGCUCGCUUCUUUGAACUCGAAGGAGGCGGAGCAGCUUGAAUGGAAACAUCCUUCUUUUCGCUGGAGGCUUUAA